CCUCCCCCCGCCUCGACUGCCCCUCAGCUCCCAUUCUCCAGAGGAAUCUCCACUGUUAUCCUUUUUCCACAGCUAAACUUCCUAAAUAUCACCUGGCCCAAAGAUGAAGUGUACAUAGCAGAGGGACACAGGGAAGCUCCAAUAUUGUAGGAGAAAUGUCUCCCAAAGUACCUGCGGACAAAAGCAGGGGGGAUUAUUCUGCAGUGCAAGUCGCUGUUCGUGUGCGUCCCCUGCUGCCUAAAGAGCUUCUACAUUGCCAUGAGAGCUGCAUCACCGUGGAUUCUGAAUUGUGUCGGGUUACUCUCGGACAUGAUAGACACUUCCUGUGUGAUUUUGUAUUUGAAGAAACAUGCUGUCAGGAGGAGAUUUAUUCUGUAUCUGUUCAGCCACUCAUAGAUGCAUUCUUUCAGGGAUUCAAUGCUACAGUCUUUGCCUAUGGACAAACAGGCUCAGGCAAGACUUACACAAUUGGAGAAGCUAAUAUUUCAUCCUUUAGAGAUGAGGAGCAGGGUAUUAUCCCCAGGGCUGUUGCAGAUGUUUUCAAGCUUCUGGAUGAAAAUGACCUCGCAGACUUCUCUGUCCGUGUCUCCUAUCUGGAGGUCUACAAAGAGGAAUUCAAGGACUUACUGGAGAUGGAAACUGCCAGUAAGGACAUCCACAUCCGAGAGGAUAAAGGCAACAUUGUUUUGUGUGGGGUGAAGGAGUGUGAAGUGGAGGGUCUUGAUGAAGUGCUGAGUCUAUUAGAAUCAGGAAACACAGCCCGGCACACCGGUGCAACCCAGAUGAAUCCAAACUCCAGCAGGUCCCACACCAUAUUUACUAUCUACAUGGACCAGCGAAGAGGAAGCUCUCGCCUUUGUAGCUCUACUACAAGUACUGGAGCACAAAUGUUGUCUUCCAAGUUCCAUUUUGUCGACCUGGCAGGAUCAGAACGUAUUUUAAGAACAGGAAAUACGGGAGAGAGACUGAAGGAGAGCAUCCAGAUAAACAGUGGUCUUCUGGCCCUGGGAAACGUUAUUGGGGCACUGGGAGACCCCAAGAGGAAAGGCUCUCACAUACCGUACAGAGACUCAAAAAUCACACGGAUACUCAAAGAUUCUUUAGGAGGAAAUUCAAAAACACUGAUGAUUGCCUGCAUCAGCCCAUCUUCCUCAGACUUUGAUGAGAGUCUAAAUACACUAAACUAUGCCACAAGAGCCCGAAACAUCCAGAACCGAGCUACAGUCAACUGCAAGCGUGAGCCAGAUCGAGUGGAGGGACUGGAGCAACAAAUCAAGGCCCUUCGCAGAGCGCUUGAAAACCGCCAGCGUUCAGAGACACGUAUCAUCGCUCAUGCUGAUCCAAACAGAAGACCUCGACUUGGAGAAGGAGAGAUCAGUAGAUUACAAGCCCAGAGUGCUCACUAUAGAACCUGCACAGAUACUGCUUACAGGUUGCUGCGGGAGCUGCAGAGUGAAGGGGCACUGACUGCAGAACAGAGUCUGAGAGUGAAAGAGUGGCUGUGUUCAGUGGAAGAGGAACGGAGUGGACUGACCACUGCCUCCGGACCAGACAGUGGUAUUGAAAACAGCUCCACUGAAGAGACUGUUGCUGUAAGAAGGGCAAGAAAUCAGGAUGCAGAAGCUGCAGAAGAACGGUGGAGCCAAGAGACUGAAAUUGAGAAAGAUGGAGAGAAAGCAGACAGUAUUUCCCAGCUUCAAGCCCAGAUCCAGCGGCUAGAGAAAGAGAACACAGACUUUUUAGCAGCCCUGGAGGAUGCUAUGGAGCAAUACAAGCAGCAGAGUGAUAAGCUACAGGAGCAGCAAGAUGUCAUAGCACAGCUGCACUGUCUGCUGCCCUCUCCAGGACUGAUGGGCUUGGGCCUUAACUCAAAGUCACGGCCACAUACUGCACCAAUGGGCUCCAUGCAACACAGUCAGAAUGGAAGCACACAUCGACAGCUCAGUCCAGUUGGAUGUCUUGGUAAUGGGCCUCAUGAUGAUCAUGAAGGUGACCUGUUUGAGGAGCUAGAGGUUGUAGAAGACGUUGAAGAGGACAGCAGUCAUGCUAGUUUCAACCGUGAACGGCGCAAGCAAGUGAACCUUACGUGGACCAAGAAGGACAUGCUGUCAGUACUGGCACCUGGUGGUAAAGGGCUGCUGUAUCAACUGCCAGAACAGGACCGGCACAAAGCUUUAUCCAGGAAAGCAUCCAACUCCAGUUCAGGGGAAACAUCUGUACGUGAAAGUCUGAAAAGUUUUGACGGAGUUUCAGAGUGGGGUCUUCUUCAAGCACAGCAGAAGAUUAGGGAGUUGUCUGUCACCAUCCGCAUGAAGGAAGAACUCAUCAAAGAGCUGGUUAAAACAGGUAAGGGAGCUCAGGCACUUAACAGACAAUACAGCCAUAAGAUCACUGCUCUGGAAAAUGAAGCAGUUCAGGCUCGACAGGAGCUGCAAGAGGCCCAAAGGCAACUCCAGGAUCUGGAGAGGCAAGAGAGAGAAAUCAGCGUGACAGACAGAACUAGAGCACAGGAAUGUCGCAGGAAGAUAGCUGCUGCUCAGAGCAAAGUUCAGGUCCUAAGCCAACGUCAGAGAGACACAGCUCGUCUUGCUAACUUGCCUGCACAAAGUGAACGCCGCAUUUUAGAGUUGGAAAGAAGUGUGCAGAGUAUGAGGCAGCAGCAAGAGCAGCUGCAAAAGAGGCUGCGCCAGGAAAGUCAGCAAAAACGUCGUCUGGAAACUGAAAUGCAACGAAGAACUCAUAGAGUCAAGGAACUGGAGAUUAAAAAUGAGCAGCAGCAAAAAAUCCUGAGGAUCAAGACUGAGGAGAUUGCUGCCUUUCAAAGACAGAGACGCAGUGGCAGUAACGGCUCUGUGGUGUCUUUAGAGGAGCAACAGAAGAUUGAGGAACAGAAACGCUGGCUUGAUGAGGAAAUGGAGCGGGUACUUGAACAGAGGAGAGGGCUUGAAGAUCUGGAAGGAGAGCUCACUAAACGAGAGGAAAUCCUGGCGAAGAAAGAGGCCCUGCUGCAGGAACGUAGCGGACUGGAGACCAAGAGGCUCCGCUCUAGUCAGGCCCUGAGUAAAGACCUGGUGACAUUAACGGGGCGUAUUGAGACUCUUGAGAGGGAACUGAGUGAGAGGAACGGGCUCCUUCGCAGCAGCAGCGCUCAAGACUCACAACAGAUUCGACAAGAGAUCUCCAACCUGCGUCAAGAAAAAGACUCUCUGCUUAAGCAAAGAGUUGAGCUGGAUGAUAAACUGCGGCAGGGUAACCUGCUAUCACCUGAGGAGGAGCGAACCCUUUUCCAGUUGGACGAGGCCAUUGAGGCUCUGGAUGCAGCGAUUGAGUACAAGAACGAGGCCAUCACUCAAAGACAGAGACAGUUGAGGGCUUCUGCCAGCAUGCUCUCACAGUGGGAGAUGAACCUCAUGGCCAAACUCAGUUACCUGUCUGCCUCUGAGACCAGAGCUCUGCUGUGCAAGUACUUUGAUAAGGUGGUGUCUCUGCGUGAAGAGGAACGUCGGCUGCAACUUGCCCUUGCUGAACUUGAAAUGCAGCUCGAUGAGCAGCAGAGGCUGGUGCAGUGGUUGGAGAAUGCCCUCGACCGCACACAAUUAGACACAGACCGACGGCUCACACAACAGCAGAAGGAACAUGAAAGGAGUGUACAACUCCUCCUGCAGCAAUGUCGAGAACAAAUAGACGAAGGUCUGGCAGGACGGCAGCGGCAUUAUGAGGGAUGGAUCCACAACCUCAGCAAAGAGCUUAACCACUACAAGGCAGCAAAUCUGGAACUAAGCAACAAACUAAGAGAGCUCUGUAGUUCAUCCACUCAGCCAAAGGAGAAUACCAAAGUCAUGGCAUCUGAGUGCAAACCAGCAGCUGUUGGCAGCAUGGAGAGGCUGAGUCGUUGUGCUGAGGACGGACAGGUGGGCAGAGGGGCUGGACAGACAGACAAACCCCCCAGAUCCAGGGACGAAGUUCGUGAGCUGGUGAACACCCCUCUGCCGUCGACAUGGAGACGCUCCUCCCUGCCCACUGAGGAACCAGCAGCCAUGGAGGAGCUGUGGCUCCGAGCAGCCGGGGACACUCCUGUGAACCGUGUAGUUCAGUGUGGGAUGGGCACGUGGGGUGGGUCCACACCCUUACCUGUGGUUAAAUCUCGCCGAGAGUCGCGCCGCUCCAGCCUUAACAUUGGACCGCUCAUCUCAAACAACGCACUGAUCGACGUGCGGAGGAAUCCUGUCUGAACAUCAACCCAGGACCAGUCACAUAGAUGUUAUUUUAUAUUUUCAGUUUUUUGGUUGUGUAAUGCCUUUUUAGUUUUUGUAUUUAAUUUUUUAUACAUGCAUCAAGUUUUUGGAUAAAUGGUCAACCACAGAGUUUAAUACAAAGCACUUUCCCCACAGUAAAGAUCCCAGUUCUGUAAUGAAUCUGCUACCUACCAUCCUAACAUCCAUGCAACUGAACAAACCUUCAUUCCUUCUUAUCAUUACAUUUAAUAAAUAUUUUACAUUCUACCACAUACUUUACAAUCAUCUUUCUUCUUCACGUUUCAUUUCCAUUUUAGAUGAGACUGUGCUGUUUAAUAUCCUUGGUAAUAUGUUUGGUGAGUAAAACUGCUGAAAAUGUACAUGUUUGAUAACUGUUUGAAACUCAAUUAUGCUACAUAAAGAACAUUAGGUUAAUAUACUAAUGGGUUUUAUAUAUUCAAAUAUUAAAUAAUUUUAUCACUGUGUAUUGUUACUGUUACAGCAGAAGAAAAUCAAAGUGAUAUUACAUCAUCUCACUGUGGACUUCAUAUAUUUAAUGUAAAAUAAAGACACCAUCUACACACUAGAGGGCAGUAUUUCAUUGUCAAAGGCCAAGCCAGUGUUUUUCUUUUUUACGCCUAUGAACUAAAACUUGGAGUGAGUUCUCUGCCCUAUUUAAUGAAAAGAAAUAAAAACAUUUAAUGGAA